AUGGUGGACGACCCGACCAAUCCAAACAAGUUCGAAGGCGUCUACACCAUCAUCGGCAUACCUAAGCCGAAUACUUACUGGAUCCGAGAGCGGGACACCGGUGUAGAACACACCGUAUGUGUCGAUCGCCUUAAGCCGUACCUUAACCCGGACGGCCCGAGUCGCAGAAUAACACGCUCAUCCAAGAAGAAGAGCGGCGACGCAGAACCUGAACCCACAGAGUCGGAAAGGUGCAACAACAAGGCAGAGCCAGGACAAGAUGUAGAGCUCCCACAUGCCCAGAGCAAACUUGAGACGCUGCUCAAAAAGCAGAAGCCCGGAAAGGGCCCGUCCAAGAAACUUGUGGCGGAGCAGCAAAAGACUUUGCGAAUCCCCGGCUAUGGCCCACCUGACCCAAAGACAUCAGACCCAGAGCCACCAGUAAAGCGUGGCCCAGGCCGACCUCGAAAGGCCAAACCGGAUUUCGAGACACCGGCGCUUCAAAAACUCCAAAACCAGCCAUUGGCCGCUAUUGACCCGACUUUGGCCCCGGCGGAACCAGAAAAAGGAACAUCCGCUACGGACAAGCCAGCGGCGACCGAAGGGCCAAAGGUGGCCCUGACGCCCAAGGAAAAGCCCAAGAAACCAAAGACGCCCAAGAAGCCUAAGGCACCCUUACGGCCCAAGCCGGAAGAUGAAGGGACGUCCAAUGGGACCCAACUACUCCCACCAUUGCGGAUUGAAUCCCCAUUGAACCUCUUGGCCGACGGCCGGACUCCACUCUACCAACUUCAGGACAAUCUGAAGGAAGUAGAGAACGCCAUCCAAGAAUUGGAGGCCAUGAUUCGAGAAUUGGACAGCCGCAGCCCUCACUACCGUGAGAUGGCUCAGCGCAUCAUUCUCGAUCAAGACGAAUUCCGGCGUCUCGCUCAUGAACUUAGCACUGCUGGCGGCAUCUCGCAGGCUGAGAGACCAGCUGGAACAGUAUCGGACGGAAAGACAGCUGAGGACCGAAGGAUCCGCAGCACCAACACGUCCGCCACCAGCACCAUCAGCACCACCUCCACCAUUGAACCCAACAGUCGUAGUUACCGCUACGACUAG